AUGUUGAUUUGGCAAGUUUUUUGGCGGAAGCUGACCACACCAGCAUUUAAAUCUGCGGUACUACCUACUGGAUCCACACUGCAUCGGAUUAGCGAGAGGUUUACGCCUUCCGUGGAAGCUCAGCCGGACUUCAAUGCGACCGCAUUAACUCACAGCGUUCAGCGCCGAGGUCUGGCCAACAAAUUCAACCGUGGAUUUUUUGAGCAUGUGACUGACCAAACUCGUGUGGUUCGCAGUUGUGAGGAGAAGAUAAAGCGGCUAGAAAUUCAACGCCAGAACCUUCACAUGGAAUUCCAGGAAGCAAGCAAGAUGGGCGAUGGGGAGCGUCAAGAUCGGCUUCGUGCAGCGUCAAAACGCGUUAAAGAGGCGAAGAAUAGGUGCAGCCAACUUCGUAGGACUAUCUCUUUCAAGGUUAUGGAGGAUCUCUUAAAACUGCCGAAUAAACUGCGAGAAACUGAGAGUGCCCUUCCGUCUGAAAGCUGGUUCGGCCAUUCCUCCAAAUGCACGGUUCUCUCUCCUGGCGCCAUUAGGACCGCCAACUUGGACAAUUUAAUCGUUUAUAAGGACUGUGGAACCUUCUUCACAGGACAGCUUGCCACUUUUACCCAAGAGAUGUCAAGUCUUUUAACACUUCUUGGUCGAGAAGUGAAAAUGGUAUUGGGGAGCACGCCCCGCCGAUGCGCACUCUCAGACCUGGUUCGUCUACCGGUUGCUGAGGCCUGCGCAUGGACGCCUUCUCUUGACGAGGUGAUACAACUUGAGCAUACAAAGGAUGAUGUCUUCAUUCCGAAGGAAGGAGGACAGACACUCAUCAAUCCCUAUACUCGACUUUGUCUUGUCGGUUCAGCAAGUCUGGCCGCAUUUGUCGGUACAUGUCAUUGUGGCUCCCUGAUUAUCCCCAUACGCGUAAUCGAAAUGUGUUUUACUGUUGCUUUGCCCCAAGGUUCCUUUUUUGGAUGUUGUCUGGAUAAAGAAUGUCCUCUACCGCUACGCUUUCUCACAUUGGGAAACAUUUACACCUACGGUAAGCUUCGUGCUGUGCCAGCGGAGGAACUGCGCAGAUGUGAAAUGUCCCUUUGGAGCCUUGCUUUGGUUGAAUCCGGCAAGCCAGACAUCGAGUUGGCAAGCUUUUCCUUACUUGGUGACUGGGUGAGCAGACGAGCAGGAUUCAAAACGUUCGACAACAGCUUUCCUUUCAUGGUAAUUUUCCGAAUCUGUAAUUCUCCAAUGCUGCUCUUGCCUGCAAGAAUAGGCGCAUUGGAAAUCAAAGGCUAG